CCUCAAACGAGGUGAAUCAUUAUGCCACCUUGAUGGUUUAAACAGCUCAGCUAAUGCCAUACUGCUUGCAUAAUCCUCGCCGUGCCCCUGUAGGCAGACACAAAUGUCAGAUCGUUUGAUUGAUUCGUACUCCCAUUCAGACUAUGUGCUGCGAUAGCAGCACAUCCGACGCCUUCCCACCUCCAUAAUGGGCACCCCAACGAAAUGGAUCACAUCGAUGAUAGAACGCGUCUUGGACUCCUAUCUAGGCAAGACUUCUGUCCGGAUUCCCGUGGAGAACGACCAGAGCAAUCUCCGAUUCCGGAACAAUGUCGUCAAGACUGCAUUGGUGAACAGUUGUACCGAUGACUAUCGCGUAACCAAGCUCAAUGUCACCGACUCAGAUGCCCAAGUCGAAGCGAUCUUGUCUCGACAGGCGCUGGAGGACUACCGGACGAAAUACCCGCAGCGUCCGUUCAGCAAGGAGGAGAUUCGGGGAUACAAUGUUCAUUUGGAAGACUUCGAGCUAGUCUUGGAGUAUACCGUGCUCAACCCGAAAGUCCAUCUCUAUGUCCAAAGCUUCAGGGUAGAAUGGGACUCACCUAGGAUCAGGAUUCCUCCACAAGGGAAGAUCCUCCGAAAACUUCCGGUGUAUAAGUUGAUUCAGGAGGCAUCCAAAUAUGCCAAGCUAUCAAUAUCUCAUAUCAUGUCGCCUGCCCCUCGAAUCAAUGAUUCUUUUUGUUCUCAGACCCUCCCAACCUCUCAGAUGAUGCCUGCCUCCCAGAACGGCCUUAUGUCCCAGGUACACCCACCUCGUCAGGCUCAGACUACGCGAUUCUCAAUGAGUACUGAGGGACUGGGAGGAACUCAUGAUUUACUCGCACUGCUAGAUCAGCCGGCUGGGAUUAGGGUUGAUAGACCCUCGGAACAACUGAGACGGUUACAUUCCCACCCCUUAGAUGAGGGUUCCCGGGAUGGAUCUGCAGCAACUGCGGGCAGAUCAUACAUCAAGCAGUCUAUGGCAGAACCUGCUAGGACUAAGGAUACCAGGCCCGUGCCCUUGACAUUGCCGGUCGUAGCCCGACAGCCCGUCCCGUCCCCAACGGAUAAUCCGUCUUUUAUAGCCUCACAGCCUUCCCCCAAGGGCAGUGAUGCUUUGCUCAGACGAGUAGGGACGCCUAGGCCUACAGAUGCUGGGUCCGCAGAGCAACUCCCAGUGUCGACAGACUUGGCUCAUAAGGGAACAGAAGAACGAGCUCACCUUUCACUACAGACUACCAAUCAGCCCGGAGAUGCUGUGAACAGGGUAAAGCAGCCACUGGAGAAACCAAGGCUGUGCCUCGAAGACCCUUGGAAGGGAUGGAUCCGGAUUGAGGCGCGGGAUAUUGAAAUACCCAAGGACCAACAGGAUUUACUAGCCUUGGGAAAGCGCCGCUGGAUACCACCGCCACCUGGUGAAAGCACACCCCGAGGACAUGUCCCACCUCGCCUUCUUGAGCAUUGGAAUAAACUCGUGAUGCAAAGAAACCGUGCGACCAGCGAAAGAAUACUGGGAAGAGCAACACCAAAGGAGCUUCCAAUCGAAGUGCCUCUACCUGAUCCAUCAAGCCCUUCGCUAAGAGUUGACUCAGACUCGGAAGGUGAACCUUUGACCUCGCAGUGGUCAGAAAGUUCACCGGAACAGACUGUACGUCGACGUCCAGCCUUGCCCGAAGAUAGUAGCCCUAUAAGAGGGAGCCCGCGCAACGCAGGGCGAGUUGUACCAGCUACAAAUAAGCCUAACCCUGGGCCCAAGAGUAUGGCAAAAGACCUCACCACAAAGCCUCAGCAGGGUCUUUCCAACAGGGUGCCUGAAAAGGCAUGGGCCGCUGUUGGCCAGGUCAAGACGGAUCCCCUUCCUACCUGGCAAAGCAUCACGGACAGAGACCACGUUACAAGUCGAGACUCGGAUGCAGAUAGUGAUGACUCAAUGAUGGAUACGUCUGUACCUUGUCCUCUUGGAUUCGAGAUGUCUCAGUCUCAGCUCGCCGGUCAGUCAGAGCGGGAAAUAACUAGUUCUGGUCCAUCCCUUCCCGCACCUGCUCCACAGGAUCAUGUGCAGGUUUUGGACACGCCCGAGAAGAACCUUGCACGUUCCCGCCAUUCUCAGCCCGAGCCCAGUACCAAAGCUUCGUUAGUGCAGCCUUUCAGUACUCAGUCCCCGGGCGUAGGCAAAUCAUCGUCUCAGUCACGAAUUCUGAACUCGGUCGGAAGUAGCGACAAAAAGGGGUCAUCAUCUCAAAGUCUUGCGGAGAAUCACUCUAAGGGCACCGACGUGCGAUUUCGAGUAGAUAUUGUGGGGACACAAAUGAGCAGUCAAGGUCUGCCCACGCAAGACCCUACGUCCUAUUCUACUGCGGAAGUGGUCCCCAACUCAGGUGGGCCAAGUCUGCGUGAAGUGAGCGUCAUUCCGGAAGUUAUAAUCCCGCGUUCUCAAACACAGAGAUCUCUUCAAGGAACGCCCUUGUCUCUGCCGCAGGACACUGGUGGUUUAUCAACAGCUAGCGUCAUGUAUCUGAAAGAGGAAUCGUCAUAUAGACAUUCCGUGGGAGUCGUCUCUAAGCGGCCUGCGUCUACACUAGAAGACGAUGCAUGUGGUCCAUCAAAACGAUCCCGAACCCAGCCACCUGAGACAGCCGAAGAACCGGUGUCUGCCGCAUUGGAUCGGCAGAUUCGCAUCGAUGCCGCCGAUAGCUGGGAAGCUGAGCAGACUUAUGGGAAGUUUUGUCGUAAUUAUCCCAACUACACCGGCGAUUUUCACCAUUUCACGAAACUCUGCUCUUUGCUGCAAGCCGUGCGAGAUAAGGGCUAUCUGCAGCGGUCUUUCCUAUGGGAUGAUUUCAUUAUUAGGCAUCUUGAGGAUUUUCCAGGCUACGUUGAGCAAAGCCUUGUAUCAGAAACAAAGUUUAUGGACUAUGAGGAAUAUUUCACAUCGACUCUUUCCCGCCCUCUCUACAAAAAGCGAAGCCUGACAGCCCAGGGUAUCGCGAGUGCAGCAGCGCAAUGUGACUCAGCCAAUGAGCAGAAGUUGCCUGCUCCUGUAUCUGCUCAGCCCCCUAAGCCAGACACCCCGUUCACUGGCAGUCUUGUGAAGCGCUUCUCCAGCUUGCAAGCUCAAUCUGUCGAACCCGGGAGACAAGGCACGCUCUCCGACGCUGACAUGGACAUCUCGUCCGCAAUGUCUUCGCCCACUCCACCUGGCAAGUCCCAGUCUAUUGAGAAAAUAGGUGUUCGAAAUACCAUAAGCCAAGCACACGACGACAUCUCCGAACCGGAUGGGUCUGCUGACUCUGCGUCAAUGGAGCGGCUCGUAGUGCCGACGAGCUCAGCUAGCGUCUAUGAGUCUGCCCUGGAGUAUGCUCCUAUACAUGGAGGGGCUACGGUCUUGAGUGGAAGAGAUACCUCUGAGUCCACGUGCCUGGAAAGUGAGAGUAUGUCUCAGUCAGCCACGCCGACUCCAGACCAGGGGGCAUUAGCAGCGGUGGCGGAGCAGCGCAGGUCACAAAUCGAGGACAUUGACAUGGCUGACCGAGACUUCACGCCGACAAGGGCCGACUCGACCCAUCUAGCUGAGCCAGAGCAGCACGCAUCGCAGGUCGAGGAUAUCAUCGCCGAUGGAGACGCCACGCCCACACUGUCUCGUGCUCAUCAAGUGGUUGAAUUUGAGCAGCACGAAUCGCAAGUGGAGGAUGAUGUCAUGGCCGAUCGAGAGGCCACUCCAAGUCUGGCCGAGUCCGUCACCGCAGCUGAGCGCGCACAGCACGACUCACAGUUUGAGGAUAAUUUCAUGGCUAAUCGAGAGCCCACUCUAACCUUGGUGGAAUCAAGCUAUGCCGUUGAGUCCGAGCUGCACGAGUUGCUACUAGUCAAUGACACUUGCACCGCUGAUCGAUACUUCACGCCAGCAGCGACUGGCCCUGCUCCUGCCGUUGAGCCUGCGCAGCACGAAACGCAAGUCGAGGACAAUAUUAUCACCGAUCGGAAUGGCACUCCGACACUGGCCCACCCUGUCCACGCAGCUGAGCCAGAGGAACAUGAGUCGCAAAUCGAUGACAACACUGCGAUUGAGCAAGCAGCUGAGGCGACAAUGACCAAGCACGUGGAGAUGAGUCAAAUGAGCGAGGUCGAAGGCAGACGAGAUGUCACAAUAUCCGAAUUAGAUAAAUCCAAUGUAGAGAUUACGCAACACCUAGACGACCAGGAGUCGGAAACAGGGGUUUCGGCAGAACACCCAGAAGCGAUCUCUGCAGCGAAUGCAGCACCGUCUCGCGUGCUUGAAAUGCAUGACAAGUCGAUUGCGGAAGACACCUGCGACACGGACCACAGAAGUCAGGGAAUGGACACAGCAAACUUGCCAUCGCUUACUCCAGCCCAUCAAACAGAGUCGCCUAUCUUAGAGGAGUCAAGCGAGUUGUCCACUCGAGAAAUCCAUGACAGAGAGGAUCAGGAUGCCGAAAAAGCGGGCUCGGUAGGAGACACUGAAUCGUUAAGUGAGACAAAUUUAACAGGGUCCGGGGCACUAGGUGAGAAAGGCGAAUCUAUGGUGGAAAAUUCCCACUACACGCUUGCCCACGAAAGCCAGGAUGUCGGCAUGGUAAUAGAAAAACAAGAGCAGUCGUGGUUUCGAGACACGCAAGACUCCGUGCGCCAAAAAUCUGCGUCAGUGGACACGGCAGAACAGCAGCCAUCUGUUCUUGCAGGUGACGGGUCCGGUGCCCCUACAAUACAAGAGCAAAACGACUUGACUGUGGAAAUCAAUAUGGCCGACCAGGAGAUUGAAGAUCCCAUGCCAUUAAAUCUUUCGCCAACCAACGCGGCAAACGAAACAGGAGACCCGUCCGAGCUGGCAGAGCAAGAAGGACCCACCACAAAAGACACGCCCAUGGGAGAUCAUGACAAUCGGGAGAUUGAAAUGAGACCGGAACCACAGGAGAAGUCAACUGCCCAUGACAUCGAAGACUCGAUUGAUCAAGGAACCGAAACAGCAGAUUCAACAAGAUGUGCGCAUUUUGUUUCUGCAGACAAGAAAGCUGGGCUGACCCAGCUGGAACUUGGAGGUCAAUCUCAUGCUGAACUUGAAGAUGCCGUGUUCAUUGACAGAAAGUCAGACUCGGUGCGCGUACCUGAGCAGCCGUCCUCCGUUGCUGCAGAGGGCGAAGAGCCUGUCGAGCAGCCUCUGAUGGAACAAUCGGAACAAUCGGACGCUGGUACUGAGAGCGCUGACGAGGAUCUGCAAUCUAUUCUUGCACGAGACGAAGCAGGAUCUGUUAGAGAAGCGUCUGUCGAGCCACAAGAGCCCGCAGAUGCUGCUAUUCAGGGCGAUGAUGAGCAACUGCGCGCUAUGCUUACGGGCGAAACUGAAUCUGCCGAACGAGGCCCGGAAGCAUACCUAGAGCAUUUGGAAGCCGAGGCAGAGAGCGAUACCGAGCUUUCCCCUUUCACGUUUGCAGAAGGCCCAGCCAAUUCGGCCGAACAUGCUCUGGCAGAGCCAGCUGAGCACUCAGAUAUUGUGAUGGAAAGCGAGCUGGAGCUGCUGCCCUCAGCCGAUGACAAAGACAUCGUCAGCUCUAAUGAACGAGCACCCGCAUCGCCCGAAGCGUACUCCGAACUCGGGACCGCGAGCGAUUCCGACGCCAAUGAGACGACUGACUCAGAAGACGAUGAAUCCGCGCUCAUCGACGAACGGCAUGAGACCGCCAGCAUCGAGCUGGGCGACGAGCCGUCGUCGUCGCCCGCCACCACUCAACAGCAAGCGCAGCCAGAGAGCGAGACCGAGGCGGAGAGCGACGCCAACGAAAACUGGUUCCUAUCCCUGCGCCAUCUGCGUCCGACAGGCCCGGUCUGGUCGGACGACCCCAACACACCGUUCAAACAGUGGGUACGCGCAGACCAGGCGAUUCUGAGUGAACGUGAUCGCCGAGGCGGGGCUUAUCUCCCGGUGGAUGAGAAGGGGGUGGUUCAACCCCCAGGCUAUCGAUGACCUUUCGCGGCUCUUCGUGACAUUUCUAUGAUGGUAUACCACAUACCGGGCAAAUGGGUGCAGCAUGCCAGAGCGGAACAUGCAUCGUAUUGUAUGGUAUCCUGUGAUCCGUCCGCUGAAGCGACCAGUGAAGGCAGAAAUGCAAUGCUCGGUUCGAUUACUGUGUAUAAUAUGUUAACUUGUUUGCGUCAAGAUACCCAGAUUGUACUCUAUUUUCUGUUUCUCCUGCG